AUGGAAGCUGGUAUAUCCGAUGAAGAUUACAUGAAGAUCGAUGACUCCAACUCCAACACUGGAGAGCUGGAGCGACCGGACACGCCUAUAGUAGAUAACCAUCUUACUAGAGGGGAAUAUCCACCGAUUUUGCUGGAUGGUAAAGAAGUGGAAGAGCAGGCCCCAUCCAAUGGUUCAGAUCCUGGCAGAGAAGAUGCUGUCAGUAUUGUUGUAUGA